CGCAGGGCGAUGGCGGAGAGGGCGGGAACUGCCUCCUCUCGCCCUAGCGACCCGGGGUACAAAGCCGGCGCUGCCGCCGCGCGGGGCUCUGCGUCCGGCCGUCGCCGGUGCUGGGGCAUCAGCAGAGCCGGAUCCUCGGCAGGCAGCGGCCUUUGAGCUCUGUAAGUUUCGCUUCGGGAGGAAACGAAAGUAGAAGGCGGAGCAGCGGCGCGGCCAUGGGGGAGCACUGGCAGUACGCGGGCAGCGGGGAGUAUAUUCCCCAGGACCAGUUUGAGGAGAAUUUUGACCCAAGUGUCCUUCUAUCAGAGACACACCUGCUCUCUGAGCUAACGUGGGGUGGCAGACCUUAUAAGCACUGGUAUGAAAAUACUGAACACUGUCAUGCAGAAAUCCACUUCCUGGAGAACUUCAGUUCCAAGAAUGGAUCCUGCAUCAUCACCUGGUACCUGUCCUGGAGUCCCUGUGCAGAGUGCUCUGCCAGAAUUGCAGACUUCAUGAAGGAAAACACUAACGUGAAAUUAAACAUUCAUGUAGCACGGCUCUACCUUCAUGACGACAAACACACCCGUCAGGGUUUACGGUAUCUGAUGAAGAUGAAGAGAGUUACCAUACAAAUCAUGACCAUCCCAGGUGUUCAUGAGGAUGAGGAUGAGUCUGACGAUGAUGACUAUUUACCCACGCACUUUGCUCCAUGGAUAAUGCUGUAUUCUCUUGAACUCAGCUGCAUCCUUCAGGACUUUGCACCUUGCUUAAAGAUCAUCCAAGGCAAUCAUAUGAGUCCUACCUUCCAACUUCAUGUCCAAGAUCAAGAACAAAAAAGAUUACUUGAGCCAGCCAACCCCUGGGGAGCUGACUAGUUGGCAAGGGCCAUGAGUACCUGAACCAGGCCAUCAGCUGAUUGACAGAAACCAGUUUCCAGAAAAUGAAGCUCCAUCACAUGGGGGGAUGAGGGGGAAGGGGAGGGAAAUAUGCUGUCAGUUUGGGGACAACAGUGUCCCAGGCCCACUGCUCCACACAUACCACAUUUCCUCUGUUUGUGGAUCUCUGUGGUCUGGGUUACCUGGGAGAACAGUCCUUAAACAUGACUGUAAUGUCCUAACAUAAGAGUGUAGACCUUUGGGUGAGUGAAUUCGUCCUAAGAAGUAAUGAGUACAGUUCUUUGAAAAAUUCCUCCAUUUGCUAAGACCAGUCAUGUAAGCUGGUAUUCAUCAUUAUGGUGUAAGCCCUUUAUUGCAGAAGUCAUUGGCUGAACUGUCCUACAAAAUUAUGAAAGUUAUGAACAGUGUAUCUCACAAGUACCUUUGUCCAUAAGAAGGACUGUGGUUCAACAGGCUGGUUUGGGUAAAAAAAAACCCAGACGUAGCACUACUAAACCAUGCUUUCUGAAAAACAAAGCUAGCAUUUUUUUUAGGCGCUACCUUUGCAUUCAUAUCAACACCCCUAUAAAGUAACAGAUGCACUUAGAAACAACAUACCUCCAAUUACUGUUUAAAUGUAAAAUUAAUAAGGGGAUUUCCAUUAAUCAUGGUUAAGUGCCACACUUGGACUUUGGAAGAAGUCUACUUGCAUGGUCCAAAAGUUGCCAGUGAUUUUCAGCCUGUGGUCCGCAGACCCCUGGGGGUCUGAAGAUGACUGUGAUCAAUCAAAAGUGUAUGAAUACCCACACUUACACUUCAAAGGGAUCCAUACUUCCAUUCAAAAUUUCCAAAGGGGUCCACAAAUAUAAAAAGUUUGAAAACCAUUAUGCCUUUCUGUAAUAGUAAGAGCUUUGCUAAUAGCAAGAGUUCUGCAUGCUGAUUCUAUAGUAGACCGGUGAAGCGGCACGUAGACUCCUGCUCUGUGAGCGUGACUGAACUAUGAACUUAGAUAGCUGAAUGUUGUAAUACCCUGGAAUGUAGUAAACACCAGGUGUGUUAGAUCACGACUUAUUCCUAAAUUCCUAGCUUAAAAUAACUAAAUCCCUAGCUCGAGAUAACAUUAUUUACUCUAGACUAUGUAAGCUGUACAUUCUUAAAUUACAAUGGGGUUCCUCAGCUCUGGCAAGAGUUCUGACUUGCGCGGAGCCCCGGCGCAGGCUAUCGCAUCUUCGGGAUCGAGACACUCCGGGGCCAGGGAAACCAUGCAGGGUGGCGGCUGCCGCCUAAGGCCGAUGUGAGGUGACCGUCCUCUCUUCUCUGUUCUAUUGCCUGCCUCUGCAAGUAUCCUUAAAUAAAGCUUUGCAAGGGUGAAAACAACCGUGAGUACGUCCUUUGUUCAAGCACGGAGAAUCUUCUGAACCCAGUAGUUCAUUCUAAGACAAUUAGUGUUAGCAGUGGGAUUCCCCUGAUGUUUGGCAUGGACCUAUUUAAGAGGCUGUGGAAGGGGGAGGGAGAGGGAUUGGAAAGAAGGAUGCUGGGUUGGCCCGAUAUCGGGUUGUGGUAUGGGGUAGCAAAGGCACUCUGUAAAUUGAGUCCAUCUGUUUAUUAGAGUAAGGAGGAGUGCCCUGUAACUCCCACCGAGGUGCAACAGCGGGUUGAGAAGGAGCUUAAGUCUGAGGGGGAGAGUGGUGCUAGACGCACCAUCCCUUGGCUGCUCCUUAUGGUGCUUGAAUGUCUGAGCACACAAAAUGCCCGUCUGCAGAAACAGCUCGAUCCGGCUGUCCGUUGGCAGACGCGUCUGAAUUUGAAUGAAGCAAUAUUGCAUGAGUUAUGUUCUAAACAACUUGAUUCUGCCUCCCCUAACUGUUCCUCCUCCCUGCCGGCACUAGUCUCCCAGCUGUCUAAGCUGGAGGCAGCUCUGGUGAUGACAGAGCUACCUUUACGAAAUGCUAGGAGGAUCACAAGUCAGUAGAUAGAUCUGGAAGAGUGGGAUGGGAAUAUAUAGUGAUGAGGUCGAACAUGCUGAGAGUUUGGAUGGUGAGGAGUGCCAACGUGCAUUUGCACGACUAGUAUAUUAUAAUCAUACCACCCAGGGACCUGCAGGAGUCAGUAGAUCCCAGGAGAUCAGAGAGUACACAACAGCAGAAUUGGGUACCUUGGCAGGGAAAUUUUGAGAAGAGCCGAAAGAGGGACUGAAAACAGAUAUUAAAAGUACUCGAUGAAGGUAGUGCACGUGUAAGUGUCACCAUAGCUGAAUUGAAGGCGUUAGAAAAUCUAACGAGACACUUUAUACAAUGCUACAAUGCAUACUGCACAUACCCAUGCUCUGUUAUUAGAUUGGUGUAUAGAAUGCUGGAUAGACAGGUGGCCAGAGAGGGGAGAUCACGAUAACCCAGAGCCAUGGUCUUGGCAGACCAUGGAAGAGGGACUAGAGAUUUUGCGGGAAGAAGCAAUGCAAAAUUAGAUGUAUUGGGGGCGGGUAGGGAAUAGUCCAGAGAAUAUGCCUUUUACAUCUCAGAUUAAGAAUUUGUUAAUCAAUACUGCUCCUUCCCAUCUGCGUACCCAUGUGUCCCUCCUAUUAGCGGAACGACAGAAGAAAACGGUCGGGGACAUAGCUGCCAAAUUGUUAGAGAAUACUCCUCGGGUGGAGGCUGGAAGUUCACAAACGUGGGCGGUUCAGAAGCAAACAGACAAGGAGCAGGGAGGGCAUAAAAAGCUGUUAACUCAAGGAGAUUUAUGGGUCUGGCUCAUAAGGCACAGGGUGUCCAAAGCAAAAAUUAAUAGGCAACCCAUGAAAGUUUUAGUGCAGAAGUAUCAGCUUUUAAGUAGACAGAGAGCCCCUGUGGAGGGAGUCCAACCCUUAGCCCCCCCGUUAUACCCUGACUUGAAGCAGUUUCAUACUCCCCAGCCACAAUGACAUGAUGGCCAAAGUCCCUCCUGCCGGAGUGUGGGCCUGCCCUGGCCGGAGGACCAGAGGCCAUAUGCCCGAGUGACGGUGGAAUAGCCAACUAGAGGAGUUCAAACUUUUAUAAGACUAUUAGAUACUAGCUCUGAAAUUACCAUUAUACCGGAAGACCCGACUAACUUGAAGGGGGAAAAGAUGCUUUUAAGAAGAUAUGAGAAUGCAUCCGUGACCGGGUGUCUAGUGACUGUGUAUAUUACUGUGGGAUCCACCAAACACAGAUUAAUGUGGGUAGUAGUAUUGCCUAUCCCUGAAUGUAUGGUAGGGAUUGAUGUUCUGGGGGAAUGGAAAAAUAUCCAGGUAGGCACCCCAAACAAUAUCAGACGCUUAUUAGUGAGUCGUGCUAAGUGGGAACCCCUGGAACUACCGAUUCCCCACCAGAUUGUUAACCUUGAGCAAUAUCGAAUCCUGGGUGGGAAGGAAGACAUUACCAAGAUGAUCAAAGACGUGCAGGAGGCGGGUGUGCUAGUGCCCAUUAACUCGCCGUUCAAUUCUCCCGUCUGGCCAGUUCGCAAACCUGAUGGGUCGUAGAGAUUGACGGUAGAUUAUCAAGAAUUUAACAAAGUAGUAGACCCAAUUUCAGCUGCGGUACCAGAUAUGGUUUCUAUGCUAGAAGAUAUUAGUGCUGCCUCCGGUGAAUAGUAUGCUGUGAUUGACUUGGCUAAUGCCUUUUUCUCUAUCCCUCUGCAUGCAGAUCACAAGCCGUUUGCCUUUACUUGAGAGGGACAGCAAUACACUUUCACCGUGCUUCCAUAAGGGUAUUUAAACUCCCCUGCUUACUGUCACAACAUGGUCAGACGUGACUUAAGUGAGAUUUCUUUGCCUGAAAGAGUGUUAGCCAAGCAUUAUAUUGAUGAUUUAAUGCUAAUAGGCAACACCCUGAAUCCUGUGGCAGAAGCUCUAGAAUGUGUAAUGAAACAUAUGCGGGAGAAGAGGUGGGAAGUAAAUCCACAGAAAAUUCAAAGUCCAGCCCAAAAUGUAAAAUUUCUGGGAGUUCAGUGGUCAAGACCUACUAGAGAUAUUCCACAGAAAAUAAAGGAUAAACUACUCUCCCUCCCCGACCCUACUACUAAAAAAGAAGCACAAAGACUGAUUGGCCUUUUUGAAUUCUGGCGCACCCACAUACCUCACCUUAAAAUAUUGAUGCAGCCCUUGUAUAAAGUAAUAUGUAAAGCUGCUGCCUUUGAAUGGGGAAAAAACCAACACCAGGCCUUCAAUGAUGUAAAAGCAGCCGUACCAACUACCCUGCUCCUGGGCCCUUAUUCAUCGUCUAAUCCUAUUACAUUAGAAGUGUCAGUAUGUCAGGAUCAUGCAUCACGGAGCUUGUGGCAGACUCCCAUAGGGACACAUCAGAAGCACCUAUUAGGCUUUUAAACUCAGAAAUUACCUGAUGCAGCCGCUAACUAUACCCUUUUUGAACAGCAGUUGCUAGCAUGCUAUUGAGCAUUGGUUGAUAUGGAACGAAUAACUGAGGGACAUGAGAUUCUUAUUAGACCAGAAAUUCCCAUAAUGCAGUGGGUCAUGCAGGACUCCAUCUCCAACAAAACAGGGAGAGUCCAAGAAUCCUCCAUUAUCAAAUGGAAACAGUACAUACAAGAGCGUGUAAAGUCCAGCCCCCAUGGCGUAAGCAAACUUCAUGAAGAAAUAAGUACCCUGCAGGCACCAGUGGAAGGUAGACCAGAUUUGUUACCCAUUGCAAUUGCCCCCGCACUUGCCUCAUGGGCCCCUCGCUAUAACGAUCUGCUACCUGACCAAAGGAAGGCUGCCUAGUUUACAGAUGGCUCAGCGCAAUAUGAGAGUCCUACUCGCGUGUGGACUGCGGCUGCCAUUAACCCUGUAACUGGUCACCAACUCAAAAAUACCGGGAUGAGGGCCUCCUCCCAAUAGGCUGAGUUGAGAGCUCUUAUGCUAGUAGUAAAUUAUGAGACCAAAUGGCAAAGCCCGGCAGUUUAAAUCUAUACUGAUUCCUGGGCAGUGGCAAAUAGUCUGGCAGUAUAGUCCAGCGCCUGGAAGGUCUCGAACUGAAAAAUCAGAAGAAAAGACUUAUGAGGCCAGGACCUGUAGAAACAACUAGCCAUACAAUCUAAGGUAAUAAAAAUUCAUGUUAGUCAUGUGGACGCCCACCAACCCAUCAACACUGUGAAUCCUGAACAUAAAUAGAACAACCAUGCUGAUGCUUGGACCCGGCCAGUGUUGGCUUGUCAGACCAACGCUUUUGCCGACUAGAUACACCAGCAAUCAGAACAUGCAGGAAGGGACUCAGCCUAUGCCUAAGUGGUUGCAUGUGACUUGCCCAUAGCCCGGAGUGAAACUGCAACAGCGGCAGCGCAGUGUCCGCGAUGUCAGUUGGCUCGAAAGCCCUUGAACAAGAGGCCAUGCCAUAUCCCCAGAGAGCACAGACCAGCUGAGAAAUGGCAAGUUGACUAUAUUGAGCCACUGCCAGCUAUAAAUCGUUAACGCUAUGCCUUGACAGCCAUCAACACUUUCUCCAAAUAUGAGAUCGCUGUACUGGUCCAGAAGGCAGAUGUCUCAUCCACCAUCUGUGUAUUAGAGGCACACCUUGUCCAUAUUAACGGCAUACCCCAUGAAAUUUCCUCCGAUCAAGGUACACACUUCACUGCAUUGCUUACCCAACAAUGGGCAGCUAGACUUGGCAUUGCUUAAAGAUUUCAUGUGCCGUACCACCCACAGGCAGUAAGCCUCAUUGAGAAAUGAAAUAGUCAACGGAAGCAAUUACUGACCAAGCACGGAGAAUCUUCUGAACCCAGUAGUUCAUUCUAAGACACUUUCCUUCCCCAGUGUUGUCAGUCUGCCUUAGCCCUUCUUUGCAUUUAGGCUACUGCCACUGACAGCCUGAAGGUACGCUCUACAUUUAUGCCACUCAGCUUGUGCUUUGCUUUCCAAUAAAGCCUGGUUCUCUUGUA